AUGGAGAAUUGUGUAAUUUGCAGUAGCGAGAGUGAUGAGAAUUUGGCACAGUGUAAAGAUGCAGAGUCUUGGGCGAGAUUGUAUUGUGCUGCAGAAAUUAGGCAAUUCACGCCAAUUCUAGAUUUGUCGCAUGGUAAACACGAUUUCCCUCGAUCAACUGUGAAGUAUCAUGUUACUUGUAGAAAAGGGUUUGUAAACCAGAAAAAUCUUCAAUCUCUAUCGAAGAAAACCGCGGAGAGUAGCAAAACAGGACAAGACCAGCCCCAAGUUAGAAGGGGUAGUCGCGAUGUGGAUAGAUCGGCCAUAAAUUCAGCAGUGCUUCCCCAGACGUGCAUAUUUUGUGAGAAACCAAAAUACAAACCGGGAACAAAAACACGAGAGAAAUUGCACGGCGUCCAAGAGUUUAGAGCAGAUGACACGGUUAGAAAAAGCGCGUCGUUGCACCUUAGUAGACACACUAAUAUGAGUGCCAUUGCUGCAAAUAUUUCUGGUAUUUGCGCCAAGGAUUUGAUAAGUAGUGAAGCGAAAUAUCAUUCUUCAUGCUACAAAGCUUUUGUUCACAUUAUGUACGAGACUGAUGAAGCCGUCAAUAAUCCCACUGAAGCUAUGGGGAAUAAUAAUGGUGAGGUGUAUGAAGCUGUCUACUCCUUCUGUGAAGCCUUAAUAUCAAACCCAAGAGUCGUAGAAUUUAAAGAAGUUAGGAAUGUCCUAUCAGACGAGGCAGAUAAAUUGGGUGUGGUAGUAACACAGUCUCAAUAUAAAAACCUCUUGCGUCUGAUAUCUAAUAAAUUCGAACAGCUAGUAUUUCUUAAUUACCAACAAAAUAAAGUUCUGAUGUAUCCCUCCACCUUAAAAUUAGAGACAGUCGUAGUCGAAAACUUUGAGCUUAAAAGUGACGUUGCAAAUCAAACAUCCUUGGAUGAAAAUUCAAAAACAGUAAUCAACGCAGCGAAAAUUCUCAACGAGAAAAUAAAAUACCAUCCCCGUGCAAUGGCGUGGCCCCCCGAAGAAAAAGAUCUAGGUAUUGAUAAGGUAGCCGACUGUGUUCCUGAAUUGUUAGAUACCUUUUGUACCAUCCUUUUGUCUGGCCAGUUAUUGGACAGGGACAAAAGCAGGUCUGACCGCAUUGUGCGCCUAAAGAACUCAUUAGCACAGGACAUUGUCUACUCCGUAUCUAACGGAGCAAUUAAGACGCCUAAAAGUGUACUUUUUCCAUCUGUGGUAAAAGCCUUGUGUAAUAAUACAGAAGUUGUUAAACUUAUUAAUAGAUGUGGCCAUGGAAUCGGUUAUAAUCUUGUUGAAGAAAUCGAGACGGAAUUUGCGCUUAAAGCAAUUAACGAACAAACGUUAAAUCGUGUUCUUAUCCCAGAUGAAUGCAAACAGUUCAACAACCUACCCGUCGCACUCAUGGUAGCGGACAACAUUGAUAACUUGGAAUGUACGAUGAGUGGAGCCGGCACCUCCCACCGGGUGAAUUCCAUUCUUGUUAUGAAACGACAGCCUCAAGAGACAUUUGAGGAGAACCUAGAGGGCGACGGUGAACAAUACCACCCCCCGGUGAAACGGAAAUGCAAACGAUCUUUAUCAGCAGAUGUAAUUACCAGAGAGAUUCCGGAUUACUAUGGAGGUAGGCGGGUCGGCCCAGGAGUCCUGUCACACAUACAACACCUCGGUAUUACCUCAUCCUACGAGAAAAUGUCAAGGAAACUGCACAUUCACUAUCUCGUGUGGAUCGAACUGAGGAAGCUGAAGACUCAUCCGUUGCUGCUUGUUCCCAGCUGGACCGGAUUCUUCAUAAAGAUUCGCGACAAAGUCGCUGUCAUUCAAAGCACAAUCGGAUACCUCGACACACUGGACUCGCCAGCCACAGAUCUUAAGACGGCGUAUGAGGUACUCUGCCGCGGACGUGAAAUCAAAAACAAGCUUCAGCUGAAUGCAGUAGCUUGCGUAUUUGAUCAGGCGUUCUAUGCGAAAGCCAUGGAAGUGCUUUGGAAGCAGAAAGAGCAAUUUGAAGGUUUAUUUGUAAUGAUGGGUGGGUUUCAUCUGUUGAUGACACUACUGGCAAUCAUCGGCAACCGUUUUGGCGACGCUGGCCUCAGAGAUGUAGCUGUGCACAGUGAGGUGAUAGCUGAAGGCUCAAUUGACAGCGUUCUAAACGGCAAGCAUUAUAACAGAGGCGUUAGACUACACAAGAUUAUGUAUGAGGCGAUGACCAAGCUACUUUUAGACAACUUUGAAGAUUGCUUGCAUGAGGAUUCGUUGGAAUUGCUAAGUGACCAUAAAAGGCAGUUGGAUCAGCUCAAGCUCAAUCUUUGUCAAGAAGAAAUCGAGCAGGUCCUGGAGAGCGAUCUGCUACAGCAAUAG